CAACAACAAUUGGAACGUCCAUGAGAGAAAUACGGUCAAGAAGUUUUGUAUAUAAUCCAUAACCACCAACAUUCCCCUCCCCUCUUCCUGUUUCGCAUAAUUCAUCCUUCCGAAAUGCGCAAUCUUCUCAUCACAAUCCUCAUCUUCUUCCUACCUUUCAUCUUCUGUAAUUCCUCCCAAGCCGCACGCAGUGGGGCUCUUGUAGGCGGUUGGACCAAAAUUACCGAUGUCAAUGACCCUACGGUGGUUGACAUCGGCAAGUUCGCAGUGGAUCAACACAACAAGCAGGACCAGGCGUCCCUUAAAUUUUCAACAGUGGUUAACGGAGAGAAGCAAGUGGUGGCCGGAAUGAAUUACAAUCUCACGAUUACGGCGGCCGAUGGCACUGUGGACAAGAAUUAUGUGGCUGUUGUUUGGGAUAAGCCUUGGGUCAAAAAUUCCCGACGGUUGACAUCCUUCAGGGGACCCAUUUGAGGGAUGAAAUUAGGGUUUAAUCGACGAUGUUUUCGAACGGUGAAUUAGAUCUGUAUAACUAUGGGUAAAUAAAGAGAGAUGAAGCGUCCUUAUUGUGAUUGAUCGAAUUUCAUGAUUUGGUUUUUGUGCAUUUUUAUCUGUUCAAUUUUGAUAAUUCCAGGAUUCUAUUC